AAUUGCAGUCACAAAGGCAGUGCGAGUUUCAGUGAGAGCAGUGAGCUGCAACAAUCGAAAAAACACGAGAGCGGUGAGGUUCCUAGAAGCAGCAGAAAAGGAGUAAAAAGACAGAAAUUUGAAUCAGACAUGACCUUCAGAGCGUCAUCCAUGGCAGGUCGAUCCUUUAAGCUCCUCUCACAUUUGCCUUACAUGCACGCCCCAGCUCCCCUCUCUCGCCAGAUUAGCAUGGACGCGAAAAGCUUCGUUUCUCAGCUUAAUGGUGCUGGUCUAUUACGUAGCCAGGGCCUUAUUGGGGGGAGAUGGUCUGAUGCAUACGAUGGGAACACUAUAAAGGUUCACAACCCAGCAACCGGCGAAGUUAUAACAACUGUUCCAUGCAUGGGUCAAAAGGAGACAAAUGAUGCAAUAUCUUCAGCCUAUGGUGCAUUUAGUUCUUGGAGCAACCUCACUGCUUCUGAAAGGAGCAAAUAUCUAAGGAAAUGGUAUGAUCUGAUAAUAUCCCACAAAGAAGAGCUUGGACAACUCAUUACCUUGGAGCAAGGGAAACCUCUAAAAGAAGCAAUUGGUGAGGUGAACUACGGGGCUGCGUUUAUUGAGUUCUAUGCUGAGGAGGCAAAACGUGUAUAUGGUGAUAUAAUUCCUGCUACUCUUGCUGAUCGACGGUUGUUUGUUCUGAAGCAGCCUGUAGGUGUUGUUGGUGCAGUUACUCCCUGGAACUUCCCACUGGCUAUGAUUACCCGCAAGGUUGGUCCUGCUCUUGCAUGUGGCUGCACAGUAGUCAUAAAACCAUCUGAAUAUACUCCCCUCACAGCUUUAGCAGCAGCUGAGCUCGCCCUUCAAGCUGGAAUACCACCGGGUGUGGUGAACGUGGUUAUGGGGAAUGCUUCUGAAAUUGGGGAUGCUUUACUUGCAAGUCCACAGGUAAGAAAGAUCGCUUUCACAGGCUCAACAGCAGUUGGAAAGAAGUUGAUGGCUGGUGCAGCUGGGACUGUUAAAAAGGUAUCUCUUGAACUUGGUGGCAAUGCACCUUGCAUAGUCUUUGAUGAUGCCGACCUGGAUGUAGCAGUAAAAGGAACUCUUGCAGCAAAGUUCCGUAAUAGUGGACAGACAUGUGUUUGUGCAAACAGGAUUAUCGUACAGGAAGGUAUCUAUGAGAAAUUUAUGGAUGCUUUUGUGAAAGCUGUCCAGAAUCUGCAAGUUGGGGAUGGCUUCAGUGAAGGUGUGGUCCAGGGCCCUUUAAUAAAUGAAGCAGCAGUACAAAAGGUCGAAUCAUUUGUUCAAGAUGCUUUAUCAAAGGGAGCACAAGUUGUUCUUGGAGCCAAGAGGCAUAGCCUUGGAAUGACUUUUUAUGAGCCUACAGUUCUCAGAGAUGUCAAGAGUGAUAUGCUAAUAUCAAGAGAGGAAGUAUUUGGGCCUGUGGCACCCCUUCUGCGUUUCAAAACUGAGGAGGAGGCUAUCCGCAUUGCUAAUGACACCAACGCAGGGUUAGCUGCUUACAUAUUUACAAAUAGCAUUCAACGUUCGUGGCGUGUCUCUGAAGCACUUGAAUAUGGACUACUUGGUGUCAAUGAAGGCCUAAUUUCGACAGAGGUGGCUCCCUUUGGAGGUGUCAAACAAUCUGGUCUUGGACGAGAAGGUUCCAAGUAUGGGAUGGAUGAAUAUUUGGAAGUUAAAUAUGUGUGCAUGGGGAAUAUGAGCAGUAACUGAUGUGCUUGGUUUCUAGCUGGAUCGUUGCCAAGCUUAAAACCCAAGUUGGAACUUGAUGUAACCUUUGUUACUUCGAAAAUGUGUUGUACUGGAUAAUAAGUGUUCAAUUUGAUGUAAUUUCGCUUAGAACACGAAAUAGAAGUCUUCGUUGUAGUAGAGAAGUAAGUUUUAAUUUCCAAUGUAAUUUUGUUAGAACAUGAAUAAACUUUCAGUUUUGAUGUUUCAAGUUUUCAA